UGCUACACAGUUAUCAUGAGCUGUAUGACUCCGCCCACAUGUCCCCAUCCUCCGGGGACGAACGCCACAAGUCACUCUGUAGACGGGAGGAUCACUAUCCAUGGAUGAGGACUGGAAUAUACUGUGUGUGGAUGAUUAACCAGUUUUGACGAGGGAAAUUGAUCUAGAGCCCCAACGAACUGCUCAACAAUAACUGAAACCUGUGGACGUCCUCCAGUGAACAGUGGCUAUGGUUGAUCCUCUGAGGGAGGCAGGUGCUCCGAGACUGAAAGCCAAAAUGCAGUUGCAGAAGUCAGGAAAACUGUCUUCUUUCGUGGAAAGUCUGGGCUCCAACUCAUGGAUGUUUUAAAUUAGAGAAACCUUCAGGAGACUGUUGGCGCCAUGCCUUACCACGAUGAGGAGUACCCAGGCCAGCCUCUCUGGCAGUCUGUGCUGCUCUUCUGCUGCAAGGGUAUGAUCGAGGGCAUCAUGGUCAUCCUCUUCUUCUGGCUCCUGGUGCAGGUCCUCUUCACUAAACAGUUAGAAGUUCAUCUCCAGGUUCUUCUUCUGGUUGGGUUGAUCACCUUUUGUCUGUGCUUGUUCCUGGGAUGUAUUCUGUGUUGGAGAAGGAAUAACAUUUGUCCCGCGAAAGAUAAAGGCCCUUCGACCUCAGCACAAGGUCCUGCUGACCCCGUGACCUACGCCCAGAGCCCAGCUCCCUCAGCAGCAACGACAGCAACCUCCCGGCAGCAGUAUGAGGAAGUAGACAGCGAUAUGCUGGAGUAUCCCUCCACGUUCACCAGCCCUGCCCCCUCCGAGGGGGAAUUUACAUCUCUGCCAUUUUCUACUCAAACUCAAACGUCCUCCGAACAGAAGGAGUCUUAUUUUUCCCUGCGUCGCCUCAGCACUCCGCUUCUAACGUCACCUCUUUAUAAACCCAUAGACCACGACCAGGCUUCCUUGCCUGCAUUUUCCAAACUGGGACUGUUGUCCAAAACAUGCAAGGCCCUACAGAGACGGUGCUCACUGGCCCCGACUGGGGGUAGUGCAUCGUACAAUGAGCACAGUAGGCUCACCGGUGCCAGAGCUGCAUCCUGUUCCACGAAUGAAGGACCAAUCCCAUUGGCUCCACUGAGCUAUGGCACCAGUGCAAGCUGCAUGAAGCCACUAUCACCUAAACCUCGCUUGCAUUUCACCAUGGCCUUCUCUGCAGAGCAGCAAACCUUGGCAGUCACUGUCCUCAACCUCACUGAGAUGCCUCACAGACUGGAGGAUGUAUCCGUGAUGGGCAGCCUGCCACCUCUCUACCCCUGUCCUAUACAAGCCACUGUCCAGCACAGCUGCUGUCAAGAGGCCCAAAGCCUGGUGUUGCUUUGGAAGGUCAGCUCUGUGAUGGAGCUCCAAAGGUGUGCACUGAGAAUAGUCGUGUACGCGCGGGAAUCAGAGAGCAUAAGAGGCGCCGCUCUGGGCGAACUGGAGAUCGAAUGCGGGGGAAGAGACUGGAGACCAGAGAAUCCAUUUCACUUCACAAAAGAGCUCCGAUUGAACAAAUGGGAAACUAAAAAGGAUCUGAUCUUCCAGGAUUCCCCGGCGAGUAAGGGGCUUAGCUGUCCUCCACAGAUCUUCAUUAUGCUUCAGUAUCAGACUCUGCCACACCGGGUCAAAGCCACGGUCCUCAGAACCGACAACCUAGACAAUCUCGUUCCCACGCCAGGAGCUGCAGAAUACCAGGUGGUGAUCAAUCUGCACCAUGGGGGAGUUUUGAUCAGCAGCAGAGAAACUAAAGGAAGACUGUGCACCGUGUGGAACACUUCAUUUCUGUUUGACCUGCCUCCAGGAGACAUCAGCCAGCUGCCACUCAUGCUUGAGUUCAUAAUCAUGCAGAGCCCGACCCUCUCUGAAGCUAAAGUUGUUGGUCGAGUCCUGAUCGGAGAGGGGGCUGCCGACGCAGGACGUGCCCACUGGAGGGACAUGUGCGGCCUCCAGGUGGAGCAGGCACGCUGGCACACCAUUCAACCAGAACCACUGUAGAGCUCAGACAUGCAGUGGACAAAGCGUACUGUUGGGGGGGUGAAAAAAGGAGCAGACGGAGCUGACGUUUAUGGGACGACGGUUUUUAAUGACACUGCAUUUACAAUUUCAAACGGACGAAUCUCUGAGCAUUCAAACACUCAUGGCCUUACUACUACAUAUGAGUGACUAAAUUCUUAUAUGCGAAGCGUGCAAAAUGAUGUUUGGGGCAACAAAAUGUGAGUUCAGAGUUAAUGGGUUUAACGUUGAGCAGUUCUAAAUGAAGAGUAAGACUUUCUAAAUGGAUUUAAUACAGUUUUGGAGAACUUCUCUGUAUCGUCUUCCAACUACUUGGUCUCUAUUUCACUUAAAAAAAGGAAAAAACACAGAGGUAGCCUAAGUUAUUUGUGAUACGUAUCUAGAAUUGUUGAACAUUUCAUCAAGCAUUCAGUUCUGGUAACCACAUUACUGAGUAACACGUUAUACGGAUGCACUUUACAUACCCUCGUGUGUAUUUGUAAAGACGCAGUGUUUUGAAGAUAAAUACUUUUCAAUCAAUGAUGUCAAUGAUGUGAGAAACCAUGUCAUAUAAAUAAAACACAAUUUUGCCUGAGGUAGCUUAGGGGUAAUUAUUACAAUUUGAGGUAUAAAUGUUAAUUUUGUUUUACUUUUUUCAUACACAAUGAUUUCUUGUUAGACUGACGUACAAACACAUCACCAGCAGUUUUAGCUACAAGGUCAGAGAAUUAGUCCUAAGAAUGAAUAGGCUGUGAAGUAGUAAGCACGCUGCAGACCGUUACAGCUCCCAGUGAUCACUGCUGCAAUUGUGUGUCCUUGCAUAAAUUACUUUAUUUAACCCAUCCUUCCUCUUCAUCUUCAUCUGGGCUGCAGAUAUCUACAACCUCAGCCAGGAAUAUCCCAUCAGGAUAGAGGGGAGGCGUCCGUCUCCACUGUAGGUCACACUCGUCUGAACAGACAGAAGACUGGUCUGGUUCUUUUUCUGCAGCGUCAAGGUCUUG